AGCAUUCACGGCGAGAGGAGGGGCAGGAUAAAGGGGUGUGUGUAAACCAACUGGAGAGAAUCUCAAUCCACAACUGAUCCGAGUCAGAGGCUGCACUUGCUCUCCAAGACACCCUCAAUCAGAAGCCUAAAUUUUACCUUUUAAUUUUACUUUAAUUCUAGUUCCAAUUCUAAUCUCAUUCCCACCCCCUUGUUUAACCCUCGUAAUUCUAACCUAAAUCCUGUCUCCAGUUCCAAUUCUAUUCCAGCCCCAACCUAAUCUUAAUCCUAAUCCCAACUCCACUAACCAUCCUAGCACAAAUAUUCAUUUUAAUCUCAAUUCCUGAAGUAUCCACACCUAACCCUAACUCGUCCCUAUCUAAUUGUCAUUUCUGGCCCUAACUCACCCACAGUUUGGAUCUCCUGGUGCCCCAUGGCAACUAAUAUUGUGCUGGAGUGGCUGAAGAGCUUAAAAUUGUCCCAAUAUGGCGAAUCCUUUAUGGACAAUGGUUAUGAUGACCUGGAAGUUUGCAAGCAGAUUGGGGAGCCUGACCUGGAUGCGAUUGGGGUUGAGGUUCCUGGGCACCGGAAACUCAUCAAGGCAGCUGUGGCACGACUCCGUGAGGAAGAGGAAGCUGGCACUGUUGUUUACUUCACUUUGGAACCACGAGCUACACCUCUUUGCCAGCCUUAUACUUACCCCAACCUGAAGGAAUAUCGACCCAGAAUGAGGACUGUGCUGUGGAGGGGAGCACAGAAAACCAGUAGGAAAGGGCUGAAUGACAUGACAUCCAGCAGGCGAGCAGGCCUCAAGAAAAGGGUGAUUUACUCCAAGCUCAUACUGAAGAUGAAGAAUAAGCAACAACGGGGCAGCAAACAUCCUUCCGCUAAUAAAAAGGAUGGAUCCCUGGGAAACAUUGAUGACCUGGCUCAACAGUGCACUGAAUACUACAACACCUGCCUCAGUGAGGUGCCAGAACAGAUGGAAGAGCUGUGCACACAGAGAAUCUUGGAGGAGCUUGAACUGGAAAGCUCUGUUGCCAAUUCACCAUCACCACAGCUGCUGCCUGAACUUUCAGAAUCACGUGCCUUGGGGAGUGCAGUGUCAACACCAGAGAGCGAGAGAGAGCAUUUGAUUUGCAAGUCAAGCUCAGAGGAUGGGUCAGUUGGAAGUAGUGACUGCAAAAAGAAAAAUAAAUCCUUUUGGCAGGGAUUUCGGAAGUUACAGAAAGGGAAUGCAGUGCGGGAGCUGUGCAAAGGAGAUGAUGUUGGAUUUGUGGCCAGUGAGAUUACCAUGAGUGAUGAGGACCGCAUUGAACUGAUGAUGAUGGUCAAAGAAAAGAUGAUAACGAUAGAGGAGGCACUUGCUAAGCUCAAAGAAUAUGAAUGCCAUAGCAGGCUGUCAUUGAGCAUGGAUUCAACUCAAUCAGCAGGUGGAGCCCAUGAGCCAUGGGAUGAGUCUUCUGAUGGUGGUAUAUGGGAGCAGCUAGAUGAUGAUGUCCAGGAGGUGAAGUUCAAGAGGUUCCACAAGUUAGUUUCUUCAAAACGUAGAUCAAAAAAGAAACUGAUUAAAGUGGACGAAAUGAAGACUUCAUCUACUGGAGAAAACACUUGUGAUGGGACAUGCGACAAACAGAUGGACCCAAUACACGAUGAAAGAUCAGUGAAUUACGUGGGGUCGAAGGCCGUCAGAAAGCAGAUGAACUUGAACAAGACAUUACAGAGACAGUCUGUGGAAGAUCCUGCACCUUUGAUGGCUGUUUGCCGAUCCCCAUCUUCCAGCAGUCUGGAAGGCAGGAUGGGGAAGAGGUUUGUCAAACCUUUUAACACGACUGCUGAGCACAGCAUCACCAGGGUGCCAAAGAAAUCGGGAAAAACAUUCUCUGACUCAGAAUAUGGAGAAGACAAGUUACACAAGAUAUCCCGCUCACUGACUGACAGUGAGGUGGGUAAGGGACUUACUGGUCGGGAUCAUGGGUACAUUGGUAAAGAAGGGAUGAGUAAUGAGAAGGUGAGCACAGCAAAAUCCCCCACAAAUUCACGGAAAUCACUGAGCAGGAAGGUCAAGUCGGUGAAAGAGACAGUGAGGAGAAAGAUUACAAAGACGUACAGUGGUACUACACCUCCCCAGUUGCCUUCCGAAGGACUGAUGUCUACUGCUCAGACUGCAGAUCCAACAGAUAAGUCUGUCCAACCAGACAGACCCAAGCUGACUGGCGGUGGCUCAGUGGAGAGCCUGCGGAGCUCCUUGAGUGGGCAGAGUUCAAUGAGUGGUCAGACAGUGAGUACCACAGAUUCAUCAGCCAGUAACAGAGAGAGUGUGAAGUCAGAAGAUGGUGAGGAUGAAGAAUCCGCUUAUCAGGGACCGUUCUGUGGCCGAGCUCAGGUCCACACUGAUUUUAUUCCAAGUCCGUACGAUACGGAUUCAUUGAAACUUAAGAAAGGAGAUAUUAUAGAUAUAAUCAGCAAACCACCAGGAGGAACCUGGAUGGGGCUGUUGAACAAUAAGGUUGGGACAUUCAAAUUCAUCUACGUGGAUAUUGUGAAUAAUGAAGUGGAGAAACCAAAACGGCCAAAGAGACGGAGACGGGGCACCAAACACCCAAAACCCCAAAAUGUUCAGGAUCUCCUUCAGCGCAUUGGUCUGCAGCAGCACAUGCCAACUCUACUACUGAAUGGAUACGAGGAUUUGGACACAUUUAAGCUGCUGCAAGAAGAGGACCUGGAUGAACUCAACAUUCUGGAACCACAGCACAGAUCCCAGCUGCUGACAGCUGUUGAUUUCCUGCACGAAUAUGACAGCAACAGUGACAAAGAUCCAGCUGGUGAAUGUGCCACUCAGGAAAUUUUACCCCACUUUUCCCUUAAGCACACUGGCCCAGAACUGCAAAGACAACUACCUUGGGAUUCAGGUUGCUUUGAGGAGAGUGGAUACCCAGAGAAUGGAAAAAGCAGAAAGUCUUGGCCAUUAGUGUCCACAGGAUCAUCGGCAAACUUUGGGUCACAGCUCAAGUGCCCAACAAGCUACACAGCACUUCAUCUCGCAAAAUCUAUUGAGAAUUUACACUUUGAAAGAGAUAAAGAGAGGCGCGUUACUAAGCCUCAGGUCUCAUGUAGCUCUCUAAAGUCAAACUACAGACAUCUUAGUUGCCAUGGCCAUUCAAUGCCCUUCAGAAGGACAAGUUGCCAAAAGUUGCGGGUCAGCGUAAGUUGUGAGGACCUGGCACACUCCCAUGCCAUUCAAAAGCAGUGGCAAAAAUCCCGCUCUUCAGAUGAGUUGUGCGGUAAGGCUGGUGUCCCAUCAAACACAGUCUCAAAAACGGGAACAUAUGUUGCUCUGCCUUGGCAAAGGAAGUUUGGUGCAGAAGCGAAAAUCGAGAAAAUUUCCUGUAUGAAGUAUCUCAGCUGUGGUGUAAGGGAUCUCGGCAAACCAAGUACUGUUCCUUUUGUAAAUGCAGAGACUCACAGUGCACAGAUCAAUACUAAUGGUCUUCAAAAUAUGCAAAUAGAGGACCCGGUCUCCACCCCACUUCUGUUUUCAGAAGAGAAGAACAUGCCAUCUCCAAUUGUACAGUGUGACCUACCCAAUCAACCUGCAAUACUCCCACCUCUGAGCAUUCGGCAAAACCAUCAUUUUAUGGAAGGGUAUCGAGAUAGUGCUGUAAUCUGUAAUUCAACAGGAAGCAAGGAACCUACAACUGAAAACAGUAGACAUGCCAGAAAUCCUUCCCAGCCACCUCCAGUACCUGCCAAGAAAUGCAGAGAGAAAAUGCGAAAUGGCAUCCAUCCUAUGCCUCAUAUUUUGAACAAAUCAAACCCUGCCAUUGCCAAUAGGUAUGGACUGUCCACUAACUUGCAAGUUCCACAUCCCACUGCAGAGAUGGUCAACUCAACUGUAGCCACUCAUGCCCCUUGUUUGCCAGAGACUGCACUGCCAGGGACUGCCUGUCCACCACAGCUAGGACUUAAGAUGUUUACUGUAUCUGGAAGAAAGGCAUCUUGGAUGAGAGAAGUAGAACUGGAAAUGCUAAUCGAAAAUAAACUGGAAUCAGAAGCAAUUGAUCUUACAGAGCAACCCUACUCUGACAAGGAGAUCUUCCAGAGAGGAAGACGAAAGCUUAGAAGAGCAUGGUCGAUGUGGGAUUCCGACAGUCCUGGUACAGAGGUAUGCAGAAGACCUAGGACGUGCUGUCGAGCAUGUGGCUGCCACUAUGGAGCUUGUGAGAGUUAGAGAGCUCCGCAAGCAGCAUCGAAUGGCAAUUCCAAGUUCCUUUGAUAAGAUGAGCAGAAAUUCUACAGCCCUAGAAAUAUCUAAUGAGCCUUCAAGGAGCUGAUCUCCAUAGAACUGCCAUGUGGAUCAUUACAUCCUCAGCACCUCUGCAUCAAUUAGAGGAGUCAUUUACAAACAGCUUUCAAUUAUUGGAAUCGAAGGCCUAGCAUGCCACAAGAGUACCUGUUACGUGCACUGUGUGUCCUUCAAUAUUUCAUCUGUUUCUGUGACAGACUUGAUACUGCGGAAGUUGUUGAUAAAGCAACAGUUCAAUUUUCAAAAAGUAGGCAAAGGAAGCAGAGUUGAAUUAAAAGGCUGGCCAUAAACUUGCUCUUGGUAGGUAGGUAGGUAUUUCUCUUAGCUGGGAAAACCAAGUUUCCACCAAUUUUAUAGCACUGAGGAAAUUGCCAGCAUUUAGCUCAGACUAAGUCACAUUCAAUCCUAGAUUCAAGAAAUUAGCCACUGCAGUUUCAAAUAAUCAAGUAUAGUUUUGAGUCCUAUGCCCAGAUUGUACAAAACACGGUUGUUGAAGUGCAGGUGAGGCCCAUUCUAGACUCAUACUUGGUGUUUGAAGGUCUCUUUCAUUGUCUAAUCUAGACCAUACUCUGUGUGAAAAUCCCUCUCACUCCCUGGAUUAUUAUCUGAUAGUACUUGCUUUGCAUCACUCAACAAACAUCACAAAUUCAAAGUAUCUUAGAAGUAAAAAUGUGUCAUAACUCUGAAGCUUAAAAUAUGCCCAUUUAAUGUUUUGUGAUGAUACCAGGUUAUUGGGUGCUGUUGUCAGUUUUGGGCCUGUCUGUAUCCUGUCAAUACUCUGUUGUAUGUUGCCUUAUGAUUGCAGUGAAACUUGAAUCUUGUAAAGUAGUAAAGGACUUGGGGUGAUCCAGAAGUAAUUCUUUACGUUCCAAUAUGUUCAUGUAUAUUUGAGAUCGAUGAAAUGUUUAUCUUGUAGAAUUGUAGAAACUACAGUACAGCAACAGCCCAUCUGCCCUCGUAGCUGCUGUAUUAGAUGUUAAACUGGAGUUCCAUCCUGCAAAUCUGUUUCCCAACAAUUUGCCCAUUAUUGUUGACCACAAAUGCCAGGAAUCUUACUCUGGUUAAAGAAGAAUUCUUCUGUGUCUUUGGUUCCAGUGUCAGUUUCCUUCAAUUAGAACAGGUUGGAAUUUGUUCUGUUAGGCCUUUCAAAAGCACAAGGGAAUUAGCACAAGGGAAUGUAAUUCCCUUGUGGUCAGCAGAAACUCCUCAGAACAUUUGGUAACAAUUGCCCCACCUCCCACCAUGAAGGGGGCUUGGUGCCUUCACUGACCAGAAUCUCCUCUACUUAUUGCACACUCCAGCAGAAAGUAGGUAAUGUCCCAACUCCCAGUAUCUUCCCCCUACCCAUAGAUCCACAUACCCACCACACCACUUGUACCAGAUACCAUAAUUGCAGAUCCUAGAUAUUUCACUAAUGUAAUAACACAGUCCUAUUGUUUGAUGUACAAGAGUUCUGUAUAACUAACUCAAAGUCUUUAAUUAUUACGUCAUAUUUCCCCACAUAGCAUUUUAAUGAUACUGGAAGCUCUAUCGUGUCAAUUGCAGUGUUUUUUAAUAUAAGCUUCUGAUUCUCCUUUUUGCUUUGAUGUUACUUAAGAACUGGAUCAUGUGUCAUGGACAUCUGGUCAAAGUGUAAGACUCAUCAUAAAUGUUGAUAGCAAAUUGAAAAUAUUGAAAAGCAGCACAAAAUUAAACUGAUGCACUUUGUGUAUUUGAGAAUAUUUAAGUAACUUAUUAUAUGUUUCCCUAACAAUGUAAGUAACUAUAACAUACUGGUUGCAAAACAUGCUUAUAAAGUGUAGUCAAUUGAAGGUAUACCUUAUUAAUGUGAGGUAUGUAUGUGUAAAUAUUCUUAUCCGUUCCAUUUAGCAGAAUAAUAUUGAAAUGUUUUUCAAUAAAGUAACAUUUGGAUGAA